AGUAUUUCUCUCCGGGUCCUAACUGGCAGAAAUUAUGUCCCCAGAUAUUUUGAUUUUGUGUGUGAUAUCAUUCUGCACUAUGCACAUCGCGUCAUCUGUGGAGCUGCAACUUGGCAUGCCAAAUGUUUGCGCUGAGCAGGAGAUGUCCAUGUUGGGGGCCCGUCAGCCAUGUGUCAAUGCUUUUACACGCAUGGUUAAAGUGUGGAAGCAGGGCUGCACAAGCCAAAGAUGGUGUAUGGGCUACGAGAGGAGGACAGCAUACUUCACAGCCUACAGGCAGGUGUACAGCAUGGAUAUGCAUACAGUCUAUAAGUGCUGCCCUGGCUGGACUCAGAAGGGUGAAGAGCUGGGCUGUCUGCAUAGGGAGUGUAGUGCCAAUACAUGUUUCAAUGGGGGGCGAUGUGCAGAGAGUGGAGACCAUAUAUGCCAGUGUCCAGGGGGCUUCAAAGGGCCAAGAUGCCAGUAUGAUGUUAACGAAUGUGAGGUGGAUGAAGGUGGCUGUGAGGGGUACUGUUGCAACACCAUUGGCAGCUUCUACUGCAAGUGUCCUGAGGGCAGUAGACUGGGGCCAGAUGGCAAGGCAUGUCACGAUGUAAAUGAGUGUGCGGAACUCAAUGGAGGAUGCCAGCAAACAUGUGUCAACACACCGGGCUCUUAUCACUGUGAAUGCAGCGAAGGCUUCCGUAUGCACUCUGAUGCUCGGACCUGUAUUGCUGUGAAUUCUUGCUCGGUGCUUAACGGUGGAUGCGAGCAUAAGUGUGUUGACAUGGGGAACAAUCACUACAAGUGUGAGUGUCGAAGGAACUACCAGCUGAAAAGAGAUGGGAGGCACUGUGAAUUGAGGGACCCCUGUGAGGAGAGGAAUGGAGGCUGCACCCAGCUCUGUUUUUCGGAAGGUGGCCGGGCUCAUUGCAGCUGCCGAUCCGGUUUUACACUGGCUGGAGAUGGAAAGACAUGUGAAGACAUUGAUGAAUGCAGUUCGGGUCAAGCCAGGUGUUCCCAUGGCUGUGUCAACAUGCUGGGCUCCUUUAGCUGUGUGUGUCAUCCGGGUUUUGAACUCGGUGCUGAUGGCAAACAGUGCUACCGCAUUGAGAUGGAGAUCAUCAACAGCUGCGAGAAGAACAAUGGAGGUUGCUCUCAUCAAUGUGAGCACACCACCAAUGGGCCCCUCUGCUCCUGCAACCAUGGCUACCAGCUGGACGAGGAUAGGAAGACCUGUGUAGAUAGCGAUGAGUGUUUCAGUGGGGAGUCCUGCUGCAGCCACUUCUGCAGAAACUAUCCGGGUGGCUACGAGUGCAGCUGCAGAGCAGGCCACAGACUAAACCCAGACGGCUGUGGCUGUGAUGACAUUGAUGAGUGCCUGACAGAGAUCUCAGGCUGUGAACACUACUGUGUCAACACACUUGGAACAUAUGAGUGUUUUUGUCGACUGGGCUUCCGCUUGGAUCAGGACCAACACACCUGCAUCUCUCUCUAUGGCAGAGACCUGGAAGAAGAAGACGAGGAGGAGGAGGAAGAAGAGGAGGAGCAGCUGGAAGUCCACAGGUUACCAGAUCUGCUGUUUCGCAAAGCUCCUCAGCUUCUUCAGUACACAGCAGCCUUGCAAUAUCAUUAUGACAGUGAUGAUGAUGAUGAUGGUGAUGGUGGUGACAAUGAUAAAGAAUUAGAGUUUCAGAGAGAGCGUCGAGGAGAACUUAGACUGGACAGCCAUAUAGUGUGUCUAGACAACUCGUUUGGGGAUGACUGCAGUUUGAGCUGUGAAGACUGUUUGAACGGAGCGUGUAGUGAAAACAGAAAGCGAUGUGAAUGUUCACCUGGUUGGACUGGGGUCAUCUGCAAUGAAACUUGUCCACAGGGGACCUAUGGGCAGGCAUGUAACAGUCUUUGCCGUUGUCAGAAUGGAGGCUCGUGUGACCCUGUGACCGGGAAGUGUUUGUGCCCCCCUGGGGUGCAAGGCCUGCUCUGCGAGGAUGGUUGUCCAAGGGGUUAUUUCGGAAGGUACUGCAACAGGAAGUGUAAUUGUCCCAACAAUGGACACUGCCAUCGUCUGUAUGGAGCAUGCCUGUGCUCCCCAGGAUUAUAUGGCCGCUUCUGCCACCUGCCUUGUCCCAGGUGGACACACGGUGCGGGCUGUUCCAAGGAAUGCGUCUGUGUUCGAGAACAUUCCACUGGCUGUGACCCCAAAACGGGAAGCUGUUUCUGUAAGCCUGCAUACCAUGGUCCACAGUGUGAGAAAGAAUGUGAGCCUGGCUUCUUUGGUGCAGGCUGUGAGCAGUCAUGUGACUGCACAGGUGGAGGGUCAUGUGACCCGAGGACUGGAGAGUGUAACCAUCGAUGUCCUGCAGGACUUCAUGGAGAUAAAUGUCAGCAGGCCUGCUCAGCUGGGAGCUAUGGAGAGAGCUGUCGUCUGACCUGUGACUGUGGGGGAGCUGCUUGUGAUCCCAUAACCGGACAGUGCAUCUGUCCUGCUGGGAAGACCGGAGACUCAUGUCAGGAAGACUGCACUGUUGGAUUCUGGGGGAUGAAGUGCCAGUCGUUUUGUCCGCCAUGUGAGAAUGGAGGCUCCUGCAACAAGCAGACUGGUGUCUGCGACUGCCAGCCCGGCUUCACAGGAACAUUCUGCCAAAAUGAGUGUCCCCAAGGUUACUAUGGACCAGGCUGUUUAACACGCUGUUCAUGUCACAAUGAUGCCAUCUGUGACCCACAGACGGGACAGUGCGUCUGCCCUCCUGGCAAAAGAGGCCACAGAUGUGCAACUUCAUGUGAAUCUGGUUACUGGGGCCAAGGUUGCAUCAGUAAAUGUCAGUGCCAAGAAACCUCUCUGGGCUGUGAUCCUGUCACCGGUCAGUGUGUGUGUGAGGCUGGUUUCACUGGAGACUACUGUGAAGGAAAGUGUAUGAAUGGCACUUAUGGUCAGGGGUGUGCACAGCAGUGCCAGUGUCAGAGUGGAGCCCUGUGUGAUCACGUGAGCGGAGCCUGCACAUGUUCCCCUGGAUAUGCUGGCACGUUCUGUGAAAAAAUGUGCCCGGACGGCUUUUACGGUCUUGACUGUGGCCAGAUGUGCGAGUGCAGGAACGGUGCCCGCUGCCACCACAUCACAGGAGCCUGCCUAUGCACCGCCGGCUGGGCAGGACCACACUGCAUUCUGGAAUGCCAGGAGGGUCAUUUUGGGGAGCAGUGCAGUCAGAUCUGUGAGUGUCAGAACAGAGCCAGGUGUGACCACAUCACCGGGAGAUGCAGCUGUAUGGCUGGGUGGACCGGAGUCAGCUGCCAACUGCCAUGUCCUGCAGGACAAUAUGGGGAACACUGUUCUGGCCAAUGUCUGUGUCAAAAUGGAGGCUCCUGUGACAGUGUGACUGGCCAGUGCUCCUGCCUGUCUGGCUGGACAGGAGCUGCUUGUGAGUUAGAGUGUGAGGAGGGACAUUAUGGAGAGAACUGUAUCCAGAUCUGCAGCUGUGCAAAUGGAGGCAGAUGUGACAGAGUGACAGGAAGAUGUGUCUGUCUGCUCGGUUGGAUGGGGGAGCUCUGUCAGUCAGCCUGUUCUAAGGGAUUCUUUGGUGAGGGCUGCGAGCGGCGAUGUGACUGUGCCCAUAGCUCGGGUUGCCACCAUGUGACGGGCCGCUGUGACUGUGAGCCAGGCUGGAGAGGAGCCAAGUGCGACAAACCCUGCCUCCCAGGGUCCUAUGGUGCUUCCUGUGCCCAGCGGUGUCAGUGCCAGGCUGGGGUGUCCUGUCACCAUGAGACGGGGAGUUGUGGCUGCCCAGCUGGACUCACAGGGCCUGGCUGUGAGAAAACGUGUCCUGCUGGCAUGUUUGGGCAAAACUGCAGCCAGCUGUGCCAGUGUUCAGGAGACCAAGAGCAGUGCCAUCCAGUGACAGGAAAAUGUAGUUGUUUACCUGGUUACUACGGGUCACGCUGUCACUUACGAUGUCGAGCAGGGACUUUCGGACCAAACUGUAAGACCAGAUGCAGUUGCGUCAACGGUGGUCGCUGUGACUUCAGGACUGGGGCUUGCUACUGUCCUCCUGGCUUCAUCGGAGCUAACUGUAGCUCAACUUGUCCGAGUGGGUAUUAUGGGAAGGACUGUGCCAAGCUGUGUUCCUGUGGAGAAGGAGGGAAGUGCCACUCAGCAACCGGGAGGUGUAUCUGUGCGGCUGGCAGGAUGGGACAGUCCUGUCAUCAAGCAUGUCCUAGGGGGCGUUACGGCCUGCAGUGCAGAAGCACAUGCAACUGUCAGAAUGGAGGGAUUUGUGAUCCUGUCAACGGGUCUUGUAAGUGUGGACUGGGCUGGACUGGACCCCGCUGUGACACAGCCUGUUCACAGAGAAAAUAUGGGCUUGAUUGUGCGCAAGACUGUCCAUGCCUCAACAACGGGACCUGUGACCGUUUUGUUGGCACCUGCAGCUGUACUGCUGGAUAUUACGGCCACUCCUGUCAACACAGAUGUCCCUCUGGGUUUUUUGGAAUGAACUGUGCUCUUACCUGUGACUGUAAGGUGGGACAGACCUGUGACCAUGUCACAGGACAAUGUGUGUGUCCACCAGGCUACUAUGGGCCACAAUGCCAAAGACGAUGUGAAGUUGGAAGGUUCGGAUUGAACUGUGAAAGUUCAUGUGACUGUGCUGGUGAGGCUCCAUGUGAUCCAUCAACUGGGCGGUGCCUCUGCUCCCCAGGAAGGACAGGGCAGAGAUGUGAAAAAGACUGUGGUGGAGACCGCUUUGGUCCCGACUGCUCUCUGCCGUGCCAGUGUUCCCAUGGCGCCCACUGUGAUGGGCUGACUGGGCGAUGUCUGUGCCAACUCACCUGGCUGGGCCCCACCUGUAGUGAAGCUCUGCUACACCAAACCCCAGGAGUGUUGAAGUUUUCUGUGUCCCAAAGAAAGAGAAGAGCAGGCAGCAAAACCACAUAACCCAAGCAGAGGUGGAAACCCCUGACAGGGCUCAAC